AUGUUCCCAACCGUCAGCGAGACCCACAUCAAAAUAUUGUUGAAAAAGUACUACAACCGCGAAGCUGUAGUAAUAAGCGCAUUGCAAGUAGAGAAGCAUCCGAUAACUACACCAGGCCCAUUGAGUAUGUCACCUUCAAUGGCGCGACUACAAAAGGGUGCAGUGGGCGUGUACUCGGCGCUCCAACUCGCAAGAGGUGGAUCAUCCAUGCAAGGGUCCAGCCAUUUGACGCCACUCACGGGCACACCUCAUGGGUCUCCACUUUUUCUCCGACCGGCUUCGGGUGCAUCAAGCUAUAUGGGUAUGGCGAAAGCUGUCGACGGCCAAACAAAACACCAGUCCCCAAAGAUGAAGCUGAAGUACCUGAAAAGUAUUUUCCCAAAAGCGGAGGAGACGUUGAUCUUAGACGUAUUGGCAAAUAAAGACAACAACGUUCAGAAGGCCAGUGAAGAUCUGAUUGGCAUGGGUUUCACCAAGAAAGAGACAUUGAUGAACCAAAAUAAAAAAAAGGAGAAAGAAACGCCCCAACCCAUAAAGAAAGUUGUAACAAUUAUGAAAACAUUGGAAGAAAAAAUGGAGUUAAAACAGAAGUUACAGAAGAAAUACAACGGCGUGGCGGAACGUGUGAUAUCAAUCGCUUUGGAGAGUGUAGAUUUCAACGAGGCAAGGGCCGAACAAAUACUGACUGCAGUGGUCCAAGAAGAAGACGCGCCGAAAGUCACGAAGACUGUAGAAGUGAAAGAGACACGGCGUCCUAGCCCCGUAGAAAUUUUAAAGGGUGUAUGCGACGGCGUGGAGCAGCCGCCGUGCCGCCCGCUCCCCGCGCCCGCCACCCGCCGCCUCAAGAUCUGGACCGAGCACUUGAAGCCAAUAUUAAAAACAAACACCAGCGUCGAUUCAAAAUAUAAGUCACAGUAUCGUACUCAAAAUAUCGGCCCUAAUCCGACGUUGCGGCAAGGGCCUAAGGACGAACUACUUCUUGAAGAUUACAUGGCAUGGAAUGGACCGAAUCGCGAUCUGCGCAGAGGUCAAACAGUGAAGCCUGAAGGGCCAGAGCAACGCGACAAAAAGUUCACACUCGCCCGCGGACCCUCUGGACUCGCAAAGGGUCCAGCCGGUAACGCGAAAGGGUCAAUAUAUCAGAAACUGGCUAAGAAGUCUGCUAAGAUCAUCACC